GUUGCAUCUGCGGCAGUUGUGAAUGGGGGUCAGGAUUCGGAGAAGGAACUGAAUUCUGACCAAAGCCCUUCUCGAUUCACGGCCGUUAAUGGGAGGGAACCACCGGUGCCUGGAGCAAACACACCUACUCCUAAUCCCCCGCCGAGCAACGAAGGACAUCGGGAAUUGUCAGAGGCUUGGGGGAAGGGCGGAUAUGAUGCCCAGUACCGCCAGGAUGAACGGCCGCGAGAAAAUGGAGGCAUUGGGAAUGACCAAGAAGAUCGGCCUCCACAAGGAUCCCCAUCUCAAUAUGGCCAGUCAAGCAUCAACCGAAACAAGCGAAAACGAUCAGAGUCAGGCGAACAGCAGGAUCCUCAAAACUCCUACCACGGUACUAGCAUCCCCCGUAGCCCUGGUUUCCGGCUGGAAGACAGUGCUGAUUCGCAUGUGCUGCCUCCCGGCACGAGCGGGCCAGCGACAUGUCAUCCAGGACCUGAGCUAAAAAAUACUCCGCCAGCAAUGCACUCUCGGCCCGAAGCGGGUGAGGGUUCUCGGACGCCAUCAGCAAAUGCACCGUGGAAUGAUUACGACUCUCAGCUGAUUAACCAAGCGCAGCGUGCCCAACAAAUCGAUGCCUCCGAUGCGCAAUUGGCAGAGGCACUCCAGCGCGAAGCUCAGGGCCAUGAUGCGGUUCAGAAAGGGUGGGGGUCAGUUAACCGCCCUUUAGAAAGUGGCGAGCAGCCUUCGCCGUUGUCCACUUAUUCCCAAGAGCGGUCGCAAACUGCUGUUCAGGUAGCCCCGAAGAGAAAGCGCGUUUUUAGCAAUCGCACUAAGACCGGGUGUAUGACCUGCCGCAGGAGGAAGAAGAAGUGCGACGAGCAACAUCCUGCCUGCAACAAUUGCAUUCGAGGUGGGUUUCUAUGUGAAGGCUAUUCGUCGCGGAGUACAUGGCAAAAGCCGUCCAAUGUAAAGGCGCCGGUCCCUCUGCAAUCCAAAGAAGGCUACGCAGACGUGGGAAAUCAUUAUAUGCACGAUAUGGGCCAGCAGCAUGAUCGACAGCAGGGUCUAACGGACCAGCUAGAGGCGGGGAAAAUGAGAUCUAUUGUUGUCGAUGAAAAUGACCGCACACCUACUACACAAUACCCAACCAGUCCGACUGGAGUUGGAUCCAGUCGUGGUCCAUCAUGGUCAAAGCGGGUCUGGCCAGGUGCAGGCCACUCGACUUACGUCUCGGACCACUUGGCCAAGACCGACUAUCGGGAGGUCCCGCCAAUCCAUGAACUUUCUCGAGACGAGCAUACAAAAUCGGACUAUCAAGUAGUGCCAUCGAUCCGAGAGCUCUCUUCACAUGGUACUCAUCCAAAACCAAGUGUGCCACUGUUCCAGGGCACAAUCGAUCAGCGACCUGCGCACGCCAACAACAUGGACACCAGCAGCCCGCAAGCACAAGCCAGAAUGGCGCUCAGCAUAGAGCACCAACUAUCAAAUCGCACUGUCACAGGGGAUGAAACAGAAAGAGAGAAAAUGAUUCGUGGCGAACUUUACCGUCCGUUCGACAUACAUUUGGUGGAAGAAAGAGAACGAUGCAAAGCUUCUUUGUGGCGAUUCAAUAAUUCCUGUAACCCUGUGACUGGUUUGAGUACAAAAGAGCAGAAUCGCCUGCUCAAGGAGGUUUUAGUGCCUCCAAACUCAAUUGUCAAUUCACCUUCCGGUGCCACCGCCUCUCGACAGGCAGGAUCAAUUGGACAAGGAGCUGUUGUUGAGGCUCCUUUUCAUUGCCAUUAUGGGUAUAACAUCCAUAUCAGUGAAGACGUAAUGAUUUCGGGGAACUGUCUUUUCGUGGAUGACUGUUGCAUCAGCAUUGGGGCUCACACGUGGAUAGGCCCCAGGGUAACUAUACUCAGCUCCAUGGCGCAUGCAAAUAUGCAAGAACGAAAGGGCUCCCAAAGCCGCUAUCAAGGACGUCCUGUCACAAUCGAGGAGGAUUGUUAUGUCGGUGCUGGCUGUACAAUUUAUCCUGGGGUGCGCCUUCGAAGAGGUGCCUACGUGGCUCCUGGGGAAGUUGUUAAAACUGACAUCGUUGCCUAUGGAUUUCAAGGUCUAAAACCAAGUUAUAUGUAG